AUGGGCAUCCCGCUGCAGUCGCUACCCCCUGACGCCAGGACCAACUACAUCAUUGACCAGCUCGAGGGCGAGCGCAUCACGCUGCCGGGGAGUAAGGGCGCGUUCCGGAUUCUAGCCUCGUCCAAGCAGACCAAUGGUGGCAUCGCCGUCUUCACCAGCGGUGCCGUCCUAUCCGAUGCCCCGGGUUUCCACUGGCACCAGGAAGCACACGACGUGUUCCUCGUGACCAAGGGCUUUCUCAAACUCUGGAACGGCGACAAGUGCCGGAUCAUGGGCCCCGGCGACUUCGCCUACGUUCCGCCGACCAUAAUCCACAACCCGGAGCUGCUGGGCCCACACACGGAGACGUUGGGCUUGGUGGCGCCAGGCGACUGGGUCGACUUCUUCCGGUACGUUGGAGAGGAGUACACGGGGACGAUCGCGCCCGAGGCCGACGACCGCGACCUGCGCAGCCUGCUGAUACCCAAGCUGAUGGCGGCCAAGGACCGCUUCGACGUUCACUUUCAGCGCGACUACAAGGCGCCGGAGGUUGGCGACUGGCUGGAGACGGAGAGCGUGCUGCCGGACCCCGGCCAGCCAUACUUCCUACGCGCCAACACGGGCCCGCGCUGGCUGCUCGGCGGCGUCAUGUCGCGGCCGUUCAUCAACGCCGCGCAGUGCGAGGGCAAGUUUUCCAUCUCGAGUAUCGAAUCGUCCAAAGUGUAUGGAGACUCUGCUUUCUCGGGAUGGAUCUCGUUCCCCACCGUUGAUCACUGCUUCUGCGUUCAAGAAGGUCUGUUGAAGGUGAAGGUGCGAGGAGACGAAACCUGGAGUGAGGUCAGAGAAGGGCAGACGGUGGUGAUAGCUGCCGGCCAGGCGUUCAGGCUUGACUUUGGAAGCCGUUACGUGCGCGCCGUAUGCUUUACCAAUGGCCCUGGGAUCGAGUAUCUGAUCCACGCGGCGGGGUCACCAUAUUCCGGCUUCAUUCUGCCAGAUAGCACUGAGCCGUGGGAUAAGAGCCAAUUCGAGGCAGUUUGCAAGGACUUGGGUGUAACAUUGUCGUAG